GACAUGUGCAUUCUCCAUCCUUUUACAUGGUUCCAGGAGACAGAAAGAACAUUCUGUGGGUGUAUGCAUAUACUUAAUGAGGUCUCCCCACGUCACUAGCUCUCAUCAGCUUUCUUCCCCGAAUCAUACACUCGGGUUGAACAACAUUGAACAGCCCAAACCAAUUACAAUAUGCCCUACAUCACGGAAGGCGAACCCAAACCUAUUGGUUCAUAUCCGGACUCAGGCAUCGAUGUUCUUAUCGUGGGAACCGGCCUGGCUGGCCUAACGGCUGCGAUUGAGUGCCGUCGCAAAGGUCAUACGGUCCGAAUCCUGGAGAAAUGCCCAGACAUCAACACCCAAGGGGAUAUGUACUUCAUGGGUCUGUCUGCCACCAAAUUCUUCAAACACUGGCCUGAGAUGGCGAAGGAGUAUGACGAGAUAUCUCUCCAUAAUUCCUGGCUUGCGACCUACAAGCACGACGGAGAAUUGGUAAUUCCUCCCCUCAAGGUUGCUGAACGACUCCGGGAGGCUGGACUUGAUCCCGGCACUCCUCCUGGGCUCUUUCAAAUGCGCCCGCUUGUUUACCGUAUGUAUAUUCGUCAGGUGGGCCGACUCGGAAUUCCCAUUACAUUCAACAAGAAGGUUGUCGACUAUUAUGAGGACUUGAAACGCGAAGUGGCCGGGGUCAUUACUGAGGACGGCGAAAGAUACGAAGCGCAUGUCGUAAUUGCGGCUGAUGGCGUCGGGUCAAAGGCGCAAAAGCUCCUCGGUGGCCAGGUCAGGGCUAUGAAGUCUGGCAGAGCCAUGUGGCGCGCGGCGUUUGACAUUAGGUACCUGGACCAGAAGCCCGAGCUCAAGAAGUUCUUUAGUAUGCACAUUCCAGAGGGCGGUGGAAAGCCAGAACCCAUCGUCCGUACCUGGCUUGGACCGGGAACUUAUGCCAUGCAGCUGACUCGCCCAGACACGGUGAUCUGGAUCAUGAACCACGAUGUUACGGGUUCCGAGAAAGAGUCUUGGACACACACGGUCGAGUCGGACGAGGUGUUGAGGAACAUGGACAACAAAGUCCCCACGCCUUGGGCCCCCGAGCUCAAGGAGCUGAUCAAGCUUACUCCGCCCAAGACCAUCAUUAACUUUGAGCUCUUUUGGCGCAAUCCUCAACCCAAGUGGGCGUCUCCGGGCGGGCGUGUUGUCAACAUUGGGGACGCCGCCCACUCGUUCUUGCCAGCUUCGGGAAAUGGAGCAACGCAAGCAAUUGAAGAUGCCGUCAGCCUGGCGUCGUGUCUCCAGAUCGGCGGAUGGGAUAAUGUUCCACAGUCGGUUCGUGCUCACGUGAGGAUGCGCUUCAUUCGCAACGCAUGUGCUCAGAAGCUGGGCUUCUUCAACGCCGAACUGCUGCAAGACACCGACUGGAAGAAUGCGAAGGUGGAUUAUCGCAACGCCCAGCCUAGGAUGCCCAGAUGGGUCUGGCAGCACGAUCCGGAGAAGUAUGCGUACGAGGUUUACGACCAGGUGGUUUUGAACAUGAAGAGGGGCAUUCCGUUCAACAAGGACUUUGAAGUGCCGCCCAACUAUCCGCCGGGGUACAAGUACGAGCCGUGGAAGAUUGAAGACAUCAUGGAGGCCUUGCGCGCGGGAAAAAAGGUUGAGCUGGGUGCUGGAGACUGGAGUUAAGUUAGUCAUCAUUACCACCAUGUAGUCAUCUGAUACGUACCUGGUUUAGAUUGGAAUAUGGUUAUCAGUGGACAAUUGUUGCUGUUACGCUGGCUAUUGUUUUUGGUGGUGACGAGUGGCACAUGAGUAGUUGCGGGUAUUUGCAAAGGAGGAUGCUCGGUUGGCCUUGUGCUUGGGAGAAGUAUUCAUUGGGUGCAGAGAGUGAAGGAAAUGCCGGGCUGGAAUGAUUAGGAACAGAUACCGGCAGACAAUGCGAGAAUUUCUGAUCG